AUGUCGUUUUGGCCAUUCAGCAAUUCCUCGCUGAACAACAAUACGUUGCUGAAGUUUUUGGAUUCGAUCCAUGAUCUUUCGUCCGUGACUGUUGAUGAUAUUGUCAAGGAUCCAACCUUAGUUCAGGAGUUACUCAAUGAAUUGCACAGUGUAAAGGGAAAUAUCAACAAGGGUGCUAGUUUUCUAUUUUCGCAGUCUAACCCCGAUCCUUCAGCAAUGUCAGACUCAGCAUCAUUGAAUUCACAGAAUAACGACAAUAAUAAUAAUGGUGGAUCCAACAAAGAGGCAAAGGGGAUUAAAUUAAUUGAACUUUUAAUACAGCCUCAUAUUUUAUCAGAACUAAUUGAGAUUCUAGAGAAGAGUGUUGAGUUUUUUUACCAACAAGGGGUAAAGGAAGAGGAGAAUAUCAAAAAGGCAUUAGAGGAGAAUAAACCAGCAACAGAUAUGGAAGAGGUGGACGAAAUAGAUGAAGCAAAAUGUGAAAACAAGGAUGAAGCAUUUCGCAGAUCAAUUCAGGCUGCAGCUGACAUCCUUUCAUUUGAUAUUUGGAUCAUCCCAAGUAGAAUAAUUGAGACACCGAAUCUCAUCAACAAGCUAUGGCUGAUAAUAAAAUUGGAACAUUUACAGGAAAACUACCCCAGUGUAUCCUAUCUUGUGCAUAUUUUGGACCAGUUGUUGGAGUUUAACAGCAUCGAACUUUUGAAUUUUGUGAGACGUCAAGGUGAUCUUGUCGAUACAUUCUUGUCCAAGAUUGAAGUGCCAGCAAUUAUGGACUACUUUUUCCGAAUAAUUCAAACCGACAAAGCAGAUUCACCGACGGGUAUUCUUGACACAAUUGCGCUGCAAGAUUUAAUCCCGAAGCUAGUCGAUAUUUUGAAACCUCAGCCCGUACAGUUUGAGGACACCCCCUACAUUCCUGAUCAUCAAUUAUAUUUUCGCCAAAGUUCUGCAACAGACUUUUUAAAAGCUUUGAUUACAAUUUCAUCCAAUGCUGCUUUGGCAGUUGUAAUGGAGACAAAUAUAGGACCCAAUCAGCUAACGCGGCAGUUGGUGUCACCAGAAGUGAUUAACACCAUCACACACGAUAUCAUGUUGAAAAAAGUACAGGGUAAAGAUGGCAAAGUUCAAACCAACAAACACGGAAUCAACAAUUGUGUCAGUAUAGUUAUCGAGCUUAUUAGGAAAAAUAACUCCGACUAUGAUUUAAACUGCGGCUCGUAUAGCUCAAUGCUUCAAAAUGGCGACGGUGGUCCUGGCGAAAUGAACUCCUACGUUAUGUUUCAAUGGCUUAGAGAUUUUGAGCAAAACCCUCCUGGCCCUAGAGAUCCCCUUUACUUGGGAGACAUGUUGGAGAUUUUCUCUGACAACUUGCAUAAGUUUGAGGAGUUGCUAGAGAUAGAACCAAUACCUCCCAUAGGGGUGAAGUCAGACAUUUUGGGUUUUACAAGGUUUAAAAUAUCCGAACUUAUUGCCGAGCUUCUUCAUUGCUCCAAUAUGACUUUAUUAAAUUCUAAAAAAAUUAGAAAAAUUAUUAACAUAAGAGAUCAUAUUCGAUUGCAACAAACAAAGCGUUUGAAAAAGGCUUUGAACGAAAGGAUUGCAUUUGUGGAAACUCCAAAUAUCCAAGAUGUCACGUCUGGUUUAGAUGACGUAUCAUUGGAUGAUGUUCAAUUUGCCGAUGAUGAUAAGCAUGAUUAUUCCAACUUAAUUAAAAAUAUAGAGUCAAUCGAAGAUUCAGAAGACGAAGAACCUUCCAUUUCACCUGAGAAUCCCUUUGUUUGUGAAGAAAGAAAUAAUGCAAUCAGGCUGGAUCCUUGUGUCGGGGACUUUUUCAAAAUCAAACUUAUUGAUCUGAAAAUGUUGGUGAGUAUUGUUAGCAAGUUCACUAGAUAUGAAUGGAACAACUUUUUCCAUAAUGUGGUGUUUGACUUGGUGCAACAGAUAUUCAAUGGGAAACUCAACUCGUACAAUUCAUUUUUAAUAGUGGAGCUAUUUAAAAAAGAUCAAUGUGAUUUGACGAAUCUCAUUGUUGGAGCCUAUGAAAAUGAAGUUGAACCUCGACCGGGUUAUAUGGGACAUUUGAUACUUAUUGGGGAAGAAAUUGUCAAAUUCACCUCAUUGUACAAGCCUGAUCUUAUAUCGCACACGAUAGUUGAUGCCAUCCUGAGCAAGAAAUGGAAUUGGUUUGUUAAUGAUAUCUUGGCAAAGACAAGGGAGGUUUACAAUGUCGUCUUGGGGGCAGACGAAGGGGAUACCGAUGCGUUUGACAACUCAGAGGACUAUGUCGAAGAGCCCAAGAAGAUCAUUCUUGGCGACAGUUCCAACCAUGAAGAGUUUGUGCAUGAUGACGAGGAUGAAGAUAUGGAAGGUCCCAAAGUAGCUGAUGUUGAGGUGGGAAAAAUGACGCCGAGUGGAGAUAUACCUGAACAUGCUAUGGAUGAAGAUGAGGAUAUAGAGGAUCCAAUUGACGGUAAUGGCGUAGAUAACCUAUCGGGAAGCUCAUCGGAUGACGAUGAAGAUGAGGAAGAGGAAGGAGACCUGGGGAACGAAUUACGACGAAUGCCCAAAACUGAAUGA